UGCAAUAGAUAUUUUUUAAGUUUCUUUCAUGUACUUAGUCAAAGAAGGCCAUUGUACUAUGGAGACCUCUUCAUUGCCAACAACCAUGAUGUAGACAGCCACAUACAGGCAGUUUAUGCAAAGAGGUCCAAAUCUAAGGUUUUUUCCUUUAGAAUGUAUUUUGUAUGCCAUACAUUUAUGUCCAUUAUGGCUUUUAGAGCUUAUUUUCUUGGCAUUUGAUGGGUGUUUUGCCUGCUCACAGGAUGUUGAUAAUAGAUGUGGUGAUUCACAUUGGAGGGCUGCAAACAACCAUGGCAGAAAAGCAGCCAAACUUGAUGAGUCUGGACUUGAGAUUGCAGGUUGCAGGCAUGGCUUGGCCCAGUGGGCAGUGAACAUAUUCCAAGGAGAGCUUUAUGUUUAUGCAAACUUCAUACAUAAGAAAAAGAUGAUACCAGCUGGUGUCAAAUAUCUUUGGGAAGAUAUAGUUUGCAAAUACUGGAAGUGGGCUGGAAAAGCAGGGGGAUUGGAAAACUGUGAUAUGAAACCAGCCUUGUCAGUAAUGCAAGCAAAAGCUCACAGUUGGAGAUGCCAGAAACACAGAACUAGCACAAGCUGCUGAAGUAAGGAUGGCUCGAGC